AUGAUGGCCGAUGUUCCUCGAAGGAAACCAAUGCCACCUGGUUUCCCGGCUUCUCCUUCUGCAAUCUCUUACAACAAUCAUAGUCGAACUCGUACUACCUCUUCCAAUACCUUCCCUGCCAUCAAUUACCCUCAACAGCCUCAACCACAAACACUCUACCCGGGAAAUAUGCAGAUAGGCGGGUACUCAAGGAGAACUCCUUCGACGGGCACCUUUUCUACAACGGCGAGUAGUGGGAAUGGUCCUCUGCCAUAUCGAGGGUCUCAAGAUCUGAGACGAUCCACAUCUUCACGAUCGGGAAAUUUACAACCGCAAGGUUAUGUGGCUCUGAUGCGAAAACAAAAGGCGACGGUUUGGUGUGAUCGAUCGCAACAUGAGGAUCCUCGAUUGUUAGCUCAACAAAAGGCUGCAAAGGAAAGAGCGGCAGCUGCAGUUCUUGGGGGACCUUUACAAGGAAGGAUAUCUACAGGUGGUACCAAUAGUCUUGUUGGAAGUAAUAGGGUUACGGCAAAGAUAAGACAUCAUGGCAAAGCCGGAUUGGUAGGAUAUAGUCCGGGAGAUCUCGUUGGAGGUGUGGUUGGCGUCCCGAUGAGAUUAAGUGCGAGUGAAGUGGAAGGGGGAGAUAGUGAUGAUGAUGGGGAUAGUGGAAGAGUUUUAUACCAUCGAAGAACGGGUAGUGGACGCAGUAGUGUUGGAAGUGGCAGAAGAGGUCUCACAUAUUCUCGACAAUCCGGUGCAAGUUCGAAUGCUGGCCGAUGGAGCUCAGGUCAUACACCGCCUAGUGAAAAGGAAAGACAAAAUUCAUUUGCGGACGUGGCAGAGGCUGGAGAGGCUGGGGAGACUCCUGUACCAAUUGGGCAUACGAGGGCUAAGGAUUACUUCGACGCGGGCGAUGGAACGAGAAGUACAGGAGGAAGCAUUAGCAGUGGAGAACGAGCCGAUGCUAUCACGGAUCUCAACUCGGGUGACGCGGCCAGAUUAGCAAAUAAUAGCUUGCUCCAAUCGAAAGUUACACGGGAAAAGAGCGUCAGGAAUCCCGACGAAUUAAGGAGAAGGGGAAGUGUUGAUGAACGAACCACCACAAUGACUCUAGGUGCUGGCCGACUAUUCAUCGCCAAUCCAGAUCAUUCCGAUAGUGAUUAA